AUGGGCUCCGAGUCCUCCCCACAGCCAUCAAAUGAGAUGCUCGCCUUCCAUGCUACGGCCUCAAUCCUGACCCCCCGAGUGGGAACACUGGCUCUCGCCGGCAGGAAGGCCAUCUCCACGCCGCAUUACAUCCCUCUGGCCUCCCGGGGUGUCGUCCCCCAUAUCGCCCAUGAUGUGAUGCGCGAUAACACUGCCAUCCGCAGUCUCUUCGUCGGUCUAGAGGAUUUCGUAGAAAGACAAAGCCCAAAAAACCCGCCCCCGGUAUAUAAAACUCCCACCGCACAAGAUGAAUCCGCCCUGCGCAAAUUCGCCGGUCUCCCCGAUGAUCUCCUCCUGAUCAUAGGUGCGCGCCGCGAGCCCCCCAUCAAAUGCCCUCCAUCCAACACGCCGAACUCCGUCGCCAUCUACACCUCCGUCGGUUUCAGACAGCUGGAGGCUGGCCAGUAUAUCAACGCCGUGCAGAAAUUGAAACCCGAUAUCGUUGUGGGACUGGCAGAUCUUGUCCUCGGACACACCCCCGGGACCAAGAGACGCGGAAAGAUGGUCGAUAGAACGCACGCGUUCACCACCCACGCCACGGGGAAGCUCUACGGCAGUGCCGUGCCUGAAGAGAACCAAUCAAAGGCUGCCUACUUCGCUCCCGUGCUUCCGCUCGACAAUGCCCAGCAGUCGAUAUAUAUAGACGAUCUAGAGAGCGAGUUACGGCCAUAUAUCUCAGGCCUGGCCCUUUAUGAAUCGGCCUCCCUAUCCGCCAUCACCGAACCUCUCGGAGACCUCCCACGACUCCUCUUCAGCGCACCCGCAACCCCCCACGCUAUCCUCCGCGAAAUUUCCCUCGGAGCAGAUCUCCUCACCAUCCCCUUCAUAGGCGUCUGCUCCGACGCCGGUAUUGCCUUGGACUUCACCUUCCCAUCCACACCCAACACCACAACCACCGACUCUCAACCCCGACACCUCGCCUUCGACCUCUGGUCCCCAUCCUACACAACCGAUACCUCCCCCCUCUCCGAAUCCUGCCAAUGCUACACCUGUUGCAACCACCACCGUGCCUACAUCCACCACCUCCUCACCACCAAGGAGAUGUUAGCCUGGACGCUCCUUCAAAUCCACAACUACCACGCCAUGGAUCUCUUCUUCGCCGAUAUCCGUCAGAGUAUUGCCCGAGGUACCUUCGAAGCAGACACCCAAACCUUCCAACGCGCCUAUGUCUCUGAAUUACCCGAACCAACUGGCCAAGGCCCUCGACUUCGCGGCUACCAACUCCCCGCCUCCGGUCCCCAUCAAACCCGUCGUAAUACACGCGCAUACGGUAAACUCGACGACGCAAUGGAGCGAUUCGCCGAGUCACAAUCCUCCCUCGCGACGCCCGACACCGGCGCCGAGGGUCUCGAAGAACAUGGGUUCGGAACUAAAGAGAAACAAUAG